ACUUCAUUUGAACUGCAGCUUAAACCAGGUAUCCUUCCUUUGUAAAGAAAACAUUCUUUUCAUACGCUAACUUUAAUAUAAAUCGUUACUUUUUAAGAAACUGAAGGAAGUUAAAAAGUACAAAACGUUCUUUUUUACGGCAAGAGGUCCAUGCUUGCACAACCCCGAACGAAGAGUAAAAGUUACUCGCCUGCUUGUUAUGCUAACACACUCUGGACUAGGAGCAAGUUGUGCUGUUGAGCUGCCAAUUGACAUUCCUAGUGAUGAUGAAGAUGACGAUGUUGGAAUGCUGAGUGGAGGACCAAACGGUAGUAACAUCAAUGUUGUCGCAGCCGGCUCACUAAGGCAGCUGAAACAUACGCAGACGAUAACAGGGUGA